GUUGAAAGCGCCCAUGCGGCACAUGCUCGUCAUGACCACAACCUCCAUAUCUUACAUCCUGCCCUACCAGAAAAACAAUAGUCUGGGGACUGGAAUGACCAUCCUCAUCCUAGCGAAUUCGUUGGCUGUGCGUGACCCACUUCUGGUGCUGAAACGUUAUGUUGCGUUCCAUGAUAGUGCCUUUCCAUUUCGCCCUGCGCCGUGGUUGACAAGCGCGGGAUCGGUGCCAACACGUGGUUGGUUCUUGCGACGGCUGAGGGAACACUGCGGGUCUCGUAUGUCGGGUCACUCGAUGAGGGCUGGUGGAGUGACUGCUCUAGCUAUCGCAGGAAUGACCCCAGACCUGAUUCAAGCAGCAGGGUGUUGGUCUUCUGAAGAGUUCAGGAAAUAUGUGCAUCAACACGCAUUCUUGCUAAACGCUCUCCUCCGUGGCUCUGCUCGCGCGCCUAUGCACCCGAGGACUUGACACUCGGGCAUGUCACACUCAGCUGGCGCAGGUUCAUCCUCAGACAUGGCACGGACUUGACACGGCGCUCGCAAAAGCUCAUGCAGCUUCAGACUCACUCUCUUUCGGCUUCUUUCGCUAUCAAUUUUGUACAGGUUGUAAAAGGCAUCAAGACCACAAAAAAAAGAAAAACAUUGUAAUUUUUUUAGCCCUUUAGCGUGUUUCAUCGUGCCUUCGUCACUUACAUCCUUUUCCUUUCGUCUUAGAAAUAGUCUCAUUACUCAUUCGAGCGCAUCUCAUCGAGCCUCGAGUCUACUUCACAUUAUGCUACAGUGUCUUGUAUUUCGGUCUCUUGAUUCGCAAUCAAACUUUCCCGAGUCCCCCAAGCAUGAAGCUAGGGGACUCCGCUUGCCUAAUCA